ACAUUUUUAGACAAACCCGAAGGUGCAAGGCUCACUACUAAUGCUCCACAAAAUACUGUCACUGAAGGAGACACUGUUACAUUUAAGUGCAUAGUUAUGGCUGCUGUGCCUCAAGUGUCAAUUUACAAGUUCUAUUUCAAUGGCCGCCUCCUAAGUGGAAACAGCAACAGUGAGUAUACUCUCAAUGACGUCAAUCGAUCUCAGCACUAUGGCAAGUACAAAUGUGUCCCACAUAAUGACGCUGGAGACGGAGUAGAAGCUACUGUGAGACUUAACAUAAAUGGUGGGUAGAAACAUAUUUGAGCGUUUUUGAGUACUUUGGAAUUAUAAUCCGAAAUGGGAAAAACGUUUUUUACCAGUUUACUUGCAUCAAUAACAAUUUCCACACAGCAAAUUAUUACAACCCCGAACAGGGAAGAAUAUAGAGCCUGGUAUUCAGGUUGCCCCGCUAUAGGCUUUUCCUGGGAGUAAUGGGAAUGAGCAAGGAAUUUAAGGUGGGUGAGGGGAAGGAGAAAAAAGUCUGGGAUGAGGCACAUUUUGUGUGGCUUUACAAACAUCUUUGUAUUGCUCUCCAGCUAAAGAAGUGUCUCCUUCACAAGCGUUUCUCAGCUUUCCGCACAAUGCUCCCACCCUAGGUACCUGGGAAAAAUACUGGUGAAGGAUGCCUUUCUUGAAAAAUUUUACCAGUGCCUAAUGAUAAAUGGGUGCCUAAUAGCAAAAGUUGUGCCUGAUGAUAAUAAAUUGGUGCCUUAUAAUGAUGGAUUUGUACCUAAUAAUGUUAGACGGGUGCCUAAUAUUGAUGAACUGGUGCCUAACAACGAUGAACAGGUGCCUAAUGAUAAAAAACAAUGCCUAAUUAUGAUGAACUUGUGCCUUAUAAUACGGAAACAAAUCUAAUAAUGAUUGACUUGUGCAUGAUAGAAACAAAAAAAUUAUUUUGUGGAAAUGGCAUCCCAUGGUUACCCUAGACUGUUUUUAGACACAAGAAGUCUGUAAGUUUGUGUAACUUUAUGGGAGCAUUUACAAGGUUGUACAUUUAACGUGUAGCAAAAAUCCUGGAAUUUAGGUACAAGUUUGAGAUUAAUCCCAGGUUUGAUUUUAUUUUUUUGGUUAAAAAAAAACCAAGACAUUAUUCAAGAGCAAUUAUCUUGUGUCUUCCAAAAACUGUGAACUUCUGCUUUUCAUUAGAUUAUUUUAAAACAGAUGCAAAUUCUGAUUAGCUGACAUAGUGAAAGUUUGUUUCCAUUUUUGAUAUUUUUUUGUAUGUGCUACAUUUUAUAAUCUUAUUUCUAUAGCGUUUGAAGUGGAUGGUUUUGAACCAAAUUGCACUCUAAUAUUAUGGUGUGAGAAUUUUGUUGUUCCUCUCUUCUUAUCUAGUUCCUGUCCAGUUUACAGAAGUGCCACAGAAUAUAACAGUUAAUGCGUCAACUCCUCUGUCUUUGAGUUGUGAUGCCUCGGGUUUUCCUGAACCUAAGAUAAGAUGGGAAAAAUCUGAGAUUAAACUGUCUAACACCAAACAGUUGAACAUCUCCAGUAGUAACAGGAAUGAUGCAGGAGAAUAUGUUUGCAUCGCAAGCAAUGGAGUGAGACAGGAAAAGACAGUAAGAGUUUAUGUCACUGUGCAAUGUAAGUCUUUAUUUCAGUCUGUCAUAAAAAGCUGCCACUGCUGCUGAAUCCAUAAUACAGUCGAACCUAUAAGCGGUCACCCUGUAUUUAGUGGCCAGUUGUUAAAGUCUCAACUUCUUUUCUCAUUAAUCGCUGUGGUCACCUUUGAGUGAGUGACAACAACCUGUUUGUAUUGUCUUCCACCUGUAAUGAACAGUCUCAUAGAAAGGAACCAUUCAAUUAAAACUAUGAUUUUUGUAGUAAAAUUUAAUCUAUGUUUCUCUCCCGAAAUUAAUGUUAGUAAUAUUUUAACGAGUUUUUUUUUAACAUAAAAUGAUCAAUUAUGGCAUAACAUGGCCUUUUUAUCAUUUUUAAUAUUAACCCUAUUCUGUGGAGUGCAAUGUCCUGUGGGUGACCGCUCAAUACAGGUUUGACUGUACAUAAAUACACCCAUUUUCAAAACGUUGCAAUUGAAAAAUUCCAAGAAAUAAAUACACUUUUAUUCCAAGAAAAAGGUGACAACAGAAUAAAUUAUAAGGAAAAAGGAACAGCACAAUAGCUGAUGUCAAGUCUUUGUUUCAUCUUCGCACUAUAAAAAUGUUGUGUUUUCUCGAUGUGAAAUAUACAUGUAUCAUGCAUCUCCUUUUUGAUAAGAAAAGAAAAGUGUUUAUAUUUUCAAACUGCAAACAGGUGUAUUUAUAUCUACACAAAUUCACCAAAACACACCAAGUCAAUAUCCAAGAAAAAACCUUAUCAAAAUUAAAAUUUCCCACAAAGAGAGAUUUGCAUCCCAUCCUAGAAUAGGGUGGUGGCUGGGCUGCAUGCGAGCGCUAUACUUGUAGUUAAGCCCACUGCAUCUUCUUCAGCCAGGCUGGCUUGAAGGCGGACAUUAAAAACCUAGUCUCCAAGUUUUUGCAGCCCCUCCUAAGCCUCCUGAUUUGGACUUUCAACCACCUUCCAACCAAAGUGUGUUCACGCACAAGAUAACGUAAAUUGGCCACCGUAAAGAGUUAAAAAGCUGACGUAUUGAAAAGCCAAAUGAAUAAAGGGGUAAGUUUCUAAAGAAACUGUGGUGCUGCGUGGGUGGGAGAGUAUAGCAGGUAAUUUAGUGUUAACAACUGGGUUGAAAACGUAAAUUAGCCACCGUAAAGGGUAAAAAAGCUGACGUUUCGAGCGUUAGCCCUUCGUCAGAGCGAUUAGAGGAAUUGUGGGUUGUGUGUGGGUUUAUAUGUAGGAAGUGGAGCUACGCCAUUGGUGGGAAUGUGGUGACGAGAAAACAGGAAUAAAUUAGUUGAAUGAAAAGCGCUCGUUGAUUCCGUGGGGAUUAAGGGUGCCGAUUUGGAAUAUAAAUUUGUGGGGGUUGCGAAAAGAUAGUGCCAGUCUCUACAUACCUUGCAAAUUUCCGACACUUCUUUGGCUUUUCUAGACAUCAAAAUUUCAAUUGAAGGCAACGGCUUAUGUACUAGUGUUUACUACAAACCUACAGAUUCACAUAGUUACUUGUUGUAUUCAUCCUCACAUCCAUCACACGUCAAGAACUCCAUACCUUUUUCACAGUUUCUCAGACUUCGUCGUUUAUGUAGUGACGACUCUAAUUUUUCCGAAAAAUCAGAGGCAAUGUGCCAGUUUUUCGAUAAACGCGGCUAUCCUGUUUCUGUCGUUCAAGCGGGCUACCACCGUGCCCAACUAAUCGAUCGACAGGCAGCACUACAAACGGCCGAGAAGGAGAACACUGACCGCAUUCCAUUUACUCUUACAUUUCACCCUCACAACCACGCAGUUAAAUCUAUCAUUCUUAAAAAUUUUAAAUUACUCCAAAACGAUUCAGAGACUGGCACUAUCUUUUUGCGGCCUUUCCUUACAUCUAGGCAGUUCGGAAAGCCGUAAAACACUAGAACAAAAAUUUAUAUUCCAAAUCGGCACCCUUAAUCCCCACGGAAUCAACGAGCGCUUUUCAUUCAACUAAUUUAUUCCUGUUUUCUCGUCACCACAUUCCCACCAAUGGCGUAGCUCCACUUCCUACAUAUAAACCCACACUCAACCCACAAUUCCUCUAAUCGCUCUGACGAAGGGCUAACGCUCGAAACGUCAGCUUUUUUACCCUUUACGGUGGCUAAUUUACGUUUUCAACCCAGUUGUUAACACUAAAUUACCUGCUAUUGAAAAGCCAGCUUGGUAACUCUUUACGGUAGCUAACUUACGUUAUCAACUCACUUGAAAAUACUAAAUAACCCUACUUUUUACUUGAUUUUUGUAGUGCACACGAAUCCAAAUAAAUGGGAUUUCCGAGGUACGCACUCGAUCGCAGGUGCGCAUUACUUGCUCUGUUUCCCCUCUACUUACGUAAUUGCUAUUCAUGCCCUGCCCUAUUUUGGUCAUACAAUCAAAAUUUUCCGGCUUGAUGAGUUACUGUUAUUACUACUGUUUUUUUAUAGGUUUGGGCUACGCUGCACUCUGCUAUUGAAUCAAUGAAAUUAAUUGAUUCAAUUUUAAACAAAUACCUUACGUUUUAACUUUCUGAGUUACUUUUUGUGAAGGCUUGAAAUUAAUUACAAACGGUUUUUAGGCCGCGAGUCAACCCAUUUAAUGACAAAAUGUUUCUACCAAAAAUUCAUUUCUAAACCAAUAUUCUGCUGGCAUUCAAAGCAAUUUAGGAGAGAGAGGGAAAAGAGAGGAUUAAUAAGUUAUUUAUCGGCUUGAAGUCGUGACCCACAUCUUUGCUUAAAAAUAAUGCCCAGCUUGUUUGGAUCGUUCAGUGCGACCAAUGUUGCUGCGUAUUUUUGCCUUGUUCUAAAGUGUAAUACGGUGGCAUAUUUUUCCUCUUCUCAUAAUUUCAUUUAGUAAAAUGACACAGUGGAGGCAUGAUAAAGCUCAUAAAUAUUCUGAUUGAUAUGAAGUAUCACCAAUUAUUUGUUCAGUUGCUUAUUGCAUUAGUAUUUAUUCUUAGACCCGCCAACAAUUCAAAAUGUCACAACGUCAUCUAAGAAGUCUUGGAUUGGCCAGACAGUGAGCUUGAAAUGUCUUUCUGAUGGUGUUCCUACACCAACACUCUAUUGGUACAAACCUGAAGGAAGUGAAAUAAACAGAGUCACAGCCAGAGAAAACAAAGUACAAGUGCCAUUCAGGGGUGAUCAAGAUUUUGGUCAUUACAAGUGCAUUGCUGCUAAUGGACUCAUUCCAUCUGAUGAGAAAUUAAUAAAGAUAAAUCAGAUAAGUAAGUAAAAAAGGUCAGUGUAUUUUGAUAAGAAGAAAACUAUAUAUAAGGUCUGCAUCUUGCUCACUAUCGCUGUUUCAGGUGUAAUAGAAGUAAAAGCCAAAUUUUCUUACAAAGUACUCGACAAGGUAACUCAUUCCCUUUGUACAAGUCAUUCGAUUAUUUAAAGUAUAAUACGUGUGGAUAAUCUGUAAGGUCCAUAAAUGUGUUUAAAAAUUUAAGCUUAUGUUCAAACAUCGAAUAAUAGAUUUAUCAUUCUACUAUUUUUUUCAUUUUCUAACAAUUUGGCCGCUGAGCGUCCCGUUCGCAAUUUUCCCCUCUUUAGCAGCGUUAGACCUUCACAUAUUUUUCGCGUUCGUUACCCCAAUGAGGCAUACUGAAAGGUACCUUUUUGACAUCCCCUCAUGCGUGUAUCCACAGGAAACAUCCUCCACCAUGGACUCUUAAUUGUUCCCCUUUUUUUAGGCUCUUGGUUGAAUUUAUCUGGUAGCUACAUAUACAUUAAAUUAUGAUAAUACAAGGACAUACUGUAUGAUAAUCACCCAAAAAGUUUCUCCUUCCUUCUUUUUUUGCAAAAUCAUUUUUUUUAUGGCACUAUGUAGAGAAACCAGGGAAAGCAUCCAUCAAAUCAUCAGAAUCAUUAAUUCAAGCAACUUUUAUAACAAUAAGAUGGACUGCACCAGCUGAUGAUGGAGGAAGUCCGAUUACAGGAUACCGAAUGAUCUUACAAAAGGGUGAAACUGAGAUAGAAAAGGAUGAUAUCACCGAUCCUGGGACGACAAGUUACUCGUUUCGUGGUUUGGAGAAAAAUACCAACUACACGGUGAAACUGUUUUCCAGAAAUUUUGUAUUCGAGGGAGACCCUACUGUAAGGACAAUUAAGACCAAGUUUGAAGGUGAGGAAUCACAAGUGAUUUCGUGACUGAGCACUUUACACCAAUCAUUUUGCUGCAAACUUAGAUUUGUCCCAGUUUUAACAAUGUUAUCUGCUUGCCGCAUGAUAAGAUUUUUGAUUUUAAGUGUUUGUCUCCUCCUUAGCGAGUUUACCUACGUUUGAAGAAGCAUAAUAAUAAAUAAACCACAUGUAAACAUGAGUGAGAACAGUAGACAACCUACGCGGCUACAUUCUGUAAAUGCUACCUGUUUAUCAAGUAUUGUUUGCCUUUUACCAUGCUAUGUUACGGCUGAGCAGUCGUAACAUGGCUGCGAAGUUCCUCGCACCUGUUAUCGCUUUAGCUCUUCUUGUUAUCGCCUCCUCAGUUGGCAAACUCCCUGGAGAAAAAAGCUUGUUGUCUCAACGGAAAAUCCCGUGUCAGCUUAUGUUUGGAGAAAAAAGAGCCGAAGCCCUGGACAAUCAAAUGGCUCGGGAAGCGGAGCAUGUGCACUCAGUUUUACGCUGUGUCAUUGCCGAGUGCCUGUACUAAGUCACGCGCAAUGUCAAACUUUCAAAAGCAGAAAAUAGGUGCACGUAAAUUGAGUUCCUUCCUGUAAUUACGUGCCACAAAUGAAUGGCGAAUUGUCCUUUCAAGCUAUUUUGAAUUCAUCUCAGUACUUAACAUAAUUUCGCUUGAUAUACGCUUUUGUUUUAAAAAUAUCCCAAAAUAAUCCUCGAACAAUUUACAGAUUAUUUAAUCACUGAUAAUGGUUGUGACUAGGUUUGUAACAAGAAGUUAUAUAAUUAUUAGAAAUUUCACGCUGUACGUGUUGUUGAAAUUAAUCUAGGAGUCCCAGAUGUGGUCGAAAUAGACGAACUACCAGGUGAAACAACAGACGAUACAAUUACCCUAAAGUGGAAGGAGCCAGAAAGUAAUGGAAAAGUUAUUACCAUGUAUACAGUGUACCAAAGAGUAGCGAUUGAUGGGAAAGUAGGACAGUGGACAGAAAUAAAGAAAAUCAGAGAUGUUUCUGUGAGAGAAUUGAAAAUAGUGUUGGAGAGAGGAAAGGUGUAUCAGUUUGCCAUUACUGCAACUAAUGAGCUUGGUGAAAGCCUGAAACAAGAGAAAGCAAAUAUCCAGCAAGUCAAGGCAGAAGGAAGUAUGUUUAAAUGAAUCUUAAUUUCUACUUUCAAAGGUUUAUCCUUUUCUUUUCUUAGUUUUCAUGCCCUCUCCGUCUCAUCAAUAUCGAGGUUUUUACGGGUGAAUUCUUCGCUUGCAAAAACCUGAAGCAAUGUAAAAAGUUCACUUAAGUCGUGGUUGAUAUUUGUGCGCCAACCAGAGGCCUAUUAGCUGAUGUACGAGAAGUUGUUUUGCAGGGUACUUUAUUACUACAUUUCAGUUAACAAGUUAAUUAAAUGAUAAUAAUUAAACGGCAGCAGUUACACUCAUAGCAGAUGGCUGUAUGAAUAAUAUCAAAUUCAGAAAUUACAGUCCUAUACGAGACUUAUUUAUAAUGACAGGGAAGCGACCCUUGACAUGCAAACGCAUUACAAAGAGACAAAGCCAUCCAUCAGGCGUAAAUAGGGGGGCUGGACUCUGGGGUCGCUACGUUGAUCACUGUAUCAGCACUACUUUUUCCACCAGAGAGGAACUCUAUUGUUUUUAACCACUGUCAGUUACUUUCACUGAGCUCUAAAAUAGUUUUUUAUCCCCACAGACGGCUUGGAAAGUACGACAAAAGGUAAGAAUAACAAAGAAAUUGUUAAAUAUAUUAAAGUUCACAAAGCAACCAGGCGCAUAAUCAGACACGGUUUAGUGCUACUCUGGUUUAAAGAUUUAAUGAAUGAAGUUACAACCAGUAAUACUCCUGAUGAGAAGGAACCAGCGGCUUUCUUUGCUGUUAUUCCUCACAUUCAGGGUGUUACAGAACCAAUCAAGAGAAUUUUGAAUAGCCCAAACGUUUAUGGUUAUCAAAACCCUUUCAGACCUAAGGGCAUAUUUUUGCCAAACCUAAGGAUCCAAUCACAAAUGAACAACUAACAGACGCUUUUUAUUCUAUUCCGUGCAAUGGCUGUGAUCAUGAGUAUAUCGGACUGACCAAACGUCACUUUGGUAUACGUUUGAAAGAGCAUCAAAAACUGGUCUCCUUUCGUGAGAAAGAAAAUUCAGCUUUGUCGGAGCACACAUGCCUAACUAACCAUACAACUGGGUGGGAUAAUUUCAAAAUUAUCACCACUUAUCGAUGUUACCACCAGCGUCCUUGUUUGGAAGCCUGGCAUAUCAACUCUGCCCACGCUCCUUGCGAUGGUGGUGGCUUACUGCCUGACACAUAUUUACACCUCGCCAGAAAAAAGGGCAGCCAAUUAGUGAGCGUGUAAAAGGACCUCUUUGUGCAACGAUUAGAUCACCCAUGACGAAGGCGGUGAGACAUGAGUGUUGACAACGUUGGUUCUAUGAACUGUAACUUCUCGGUUACUUUCAGUCCAUUUUACAGUUGCAUGCUUGGUUGCCAAGCCUUUGAACAGGAGUGAGGCUGAAGGUGAUCUUGUUAUGAUACAAACCUAGUAGCUUUUCAAGUGUAAAUGACUUUGUUAUCAUACUAACUAGAUACUUGUCUCUAUCAUUACAUGGUCAACUUCAGCCUCACUCCAAAUCAAAGGAUUAGCAACCAAGUACACAACUGUAAAAUGGCCUGUUCAUUAAAUCUUUUAACCAGAGUAGCAUCAAAACAUGUCAGAGUGUUAAAUUUUUACUCGUAUUCUUCCGAAAACGGCCUUUUUCUAAUUGUAUUCCGUAUCUGUGUAAUUAAACAACUCGUUUCUGUGAGUGAUGUAUUUCUACGGUUUUUGUUUUUGUCGUUGUUGUUUUUAGUCAAUUGAACAAAAUAUUACUUUUAGAAAUUAUUAUAGAAAGAUUAGCACUUUACUUUUCUUUAGUACCUCGCCAAUGAGAGUUAGACUUUUGGUCAUUAGCCUAAGCUAUGUAGUGAGAGCAGUUUAUCGACCAGGAUCAGUGCAAAUAUUGUUUGAACGUUACUUGAUCAAGCUUAGUAUAAUUAACCAUUUUAGGUCCUGAGGAAUGUAACUGCCCAUCUAACAACGUCUUGUUAGCCAUAAUUGGGGUUCUUGCCUUCACAAUCCUUCUUCUAAUUAUUUACAUAAUCUGGCUACACAGGAAAGGUAAGUAAAAAAAAAAUCAUAAUCUGUGUUAGAGGGUUUGGCUGAAAGAUUCAUUUUAUACAAAAGCAAACUUUGACCCACGUCCACAUCAUUUGUCUUUUUUUCUUUCGUUCUUUUUUUCAGUCGCUGUAGGGAAACAGAGGUACGAAUUUGCUGCCACUUGGAUUGUGUCGAUGUAAUGUGCCAGAUAUGGUUUCAUCUUGACACAAAAUUCCACUUAAAGCUGAUGAAAUUCUCAGCUUUUUAUAAAUAUUCGUAUGCUUUAUCAAUUGUAGGACUUAUGAAGAUGAAAGAGGUGUUUACGACGUAAGUAACAGCUAAGACAUUAAGGUCAUGUUAGUGUGGCCAGAAAUUAUGUGAUUUCAUAUUACCUCUACUUUCUACAAGAAAAUAAACGAUUGCAACAAUAAGAAGGAAAAAACGUGUAGGUCUACGAAAAAAACGCAUAUUGCAUCAGUAGAGGAUACAAUGAAAUAGGGGAGGAAGUUAGAUUCGAUAAGGUCUUUGUCCUGUGUUCAUGUCCUUUAACAAGGUACUCCAAGGAUUUUCCUUGGGUUGUUCCUGGUUCAAGUGCGUGGCUUCACUUCAUAGAUCGAUAACUGGUCUGCACCCGGUUGAUAUUUGCUUUUUAAAUAAUUGUUUUUUCGAAGUUUUGGCCGUCUUAUUUUCUUGAUGCCUUUUUUUUACCAAACGUAAUUCUAAGAGCUGAGUACAGCAGGAGUUUUUUUUUGUGCGUGUAUUUGUGAAAAAGUUUCACUACCAAUCGACAAUCUUCAUGUUGCAGUUUCUAGCUUCGGCAAAUAUGCUAUGAACCUCAAUCACUUCAUUGGAUAUGAUGGUUUCAAAAGCAGAGGACAAAUUGUUAGUAAUAAUAAGGAUAAUAGAGAUUAUAAACUAUUUGUAAUAUUUUGCUGUGCAAGAAUGUAAAGGUUUCUGUGAUGAAAUUGGGUAAACUGAUUUUUAUAACUAUGUGGAACUUUUUUCUGGGAUUAAUAACAGAUUUGUAUGUGAAUACCUUAACGGCAUGUUGGUUUAAUAGAAUGAAACAGGAUUAGAAGAUAUCGAACCAAGUCUACCUGAUUCAAGAAAACUCACUCAGCCUCCUGCGGAAUACAUGGAUCUCAUAGAAGUCAAUAAAGAUAAUAGAAAAGCACAAAGAACAGCUCCAGGUGCUGAUUAUGUGCCUCUUCAUCCGUUAACACGCUGCUGGGAAGUUCCAAGACAUCACGUGACCAUAGAAAAAAUCAUUGGUAAAGGUGCUUUUGGUCAGGUUGCCAAGGGAACAGCGGUAGGACUUAGAGGGAGUCCUGAAACGACCACAGUGGCUAUUAAAAUGCUGAAAAGUGAGCUUUUGUACCGUAAAUUGAAUGACAGUCUUGGCCUUCAGUAAUUCAGGAAAUUUUACCGAGUUACCGUAUUUUUUAGCUAUUUACCAUUUCAUGAUUAUAACGUAUGUUAUUGUUUCGGCAUUUCGCAUUACCUUCCCUCUAACCAAAUUUUACUCCUUGUUUAUUACGCUCUAGCAAACGCUGUUGAAUCAGACAAGAGAGAUUUGAUGAAAGAACUUGACACAAUGAAGCAGCUGAAACCACAUCCUUACGUCAUUAAACUUCUUGGAUGUGUUACAAAAUCUGGUAUGCUUUGGUUAUGCGGGUCUAAUUUUUUUGUGCACAUUUUGCUUAUGAUUUACUCUGUGACGUUUUCUCGUCAUUAAUAAUUUGCUCCAAUGGAAGAGUCACUGCUUCACAAUGAAGCACAACAAAAAACCAUCGCAUGAGGUAAUUUUAUCUUUUUUUAACCGACAUAGACGCUCCUGGAUUUACUGAUAGACUAAGACCAAAUAUUUGCCUCUGAACAGACCAUUCUGUUGUGUAAGCGGAAACGCGUUUUGGAAGAGAAUAUUUGGUCUUUACCCUCUUAUUAGACCGUUACAUAUUUUUUUCUCCUUCUUUUCGUUAAACUACAUCUUAUUUUCGUGCGAUUUCUUCAAAAGUAUUGACCACGACUGGGCUAUUCAUUUAUUGUAUUUAUUGCUAAUUUUUUUUUAGAGGGUAAUAUAUCAUUUAAAGCGCUGAUUUUUUUUCCAGAACAGCUUUUGGUUUUGAUUGAAUAUGUGCCUUUUGGGGAUCUGCUGGGUUACCUGAGGAAGAGCCGUGGAUUAAAUGACACUUACUACAAAGACCCGGAUAUCAAACCACAAACAAAUCUGACGUCACAGCAGCUGAUGAAGUUUGCUUGGCAAAUUGCAGAUGGAAUGAGUUACUUGUCCUCAAAAUCUGUAAGUUAAUUGAGAAAAAAAACACAAAUGACAAACAAUUCUAAAGCCUUCUUGUAAGUUGUAUCGUCAUAUUAAGCUUUGUCUUGCAUAGAAUGUUAUGUCUCACAAGAUCACGCCCGGGAGAUGCAAACGUACUCUUACCGUGUUGUUGACGCUAUUUUUUUUUAGAGCCAGGAACUCUCACAAUUUUGAAGUCAUCGUCUAAGUUUUAUUUCAAUGUGCGAAUGGCGAUAUUUGUGCAUCGUUGCAAAUGCGCCCCAUUGAAAUAAAGUACCUGUGUUUUUCUCGUGUAUGCAGAGGCAGAGAUGUGAAUGGAUAGGAUCUUUUAAGAUAUUCAGCCCAAACUAAGUGUUCAACAAAUAUCCAUUUUAGUGACAAGAAAGAGAAGGAAUUAAAACUUGAAAUUCAAAAAUUCGUCUUUGGUCGCUAAACUGCCACAUUAUAGAAUCCUAUUUAGAUUAAAAACUUAAGAUAGGCGUUCUAUGAAAUAACUACGUAUUGCACAAAUAAAGUAGUUUGCCUCUCUUUGGAAUAUGAGGCAGUAAUUAUAGUGAAUUUAAUUCUCUGCCCUCUGGAAGAAAGAGAAAUACGCACACCAUAUUAUGUUGCUAGACGUUUCUAUUUUCCUACCUGAACCAUUUCAUAUCAGUUAUUUUUCUUCUGCAAUCGCUAAUUUUUGCUGUUGCACCAAUUCUUUCUUAGAUCAUUCACCGAGACCUUGCGGCCCGUAAUGUGUUGGUUGGACAAAAGGAAACUUGUAAAGUGACCGACUUCGGAAUGGCCAGAGAUGUGCAGCAGGAAAAUAUUUAUGAACGAAAGACUAAGGUAAUUAAGAAAGAGGGGGAGGGAGGUGGGGAUGGUACUACAUGUCGUUCAGUUUAGUGAUCUUUCAGGAUCAUUGUUGUGGUAAAACUGAUAUAUUCCUGAUUUUGAUCAUGAAUUCCUUGGAAGGGAACCGAAUGAAAAAAUUAGCAAUGCGUAUACGUGUACAACUUUACAUAUCACUGUCUUUGACUAGUCGCUUCCUAUGAUUUUUGAGCUGUUUCACAAAGUGAUAUUUAAAAUCUUUAGGGCCGUCUUCCCGUGAAGUGGACAGCUUAUGAGGCCUUGUUGUAUGGUAAAUAUACCACCAAAAGUGACGUGUAAGUAUACCCGAUAAUUACCCUUAGCAAUUUUCCAAUUCUAUGCUUUGUCAAAGGAUAUACAUAUUUUAGUUGUCACAUAUAAUGUUAAUGUCUUCAGUCACCUAAUUUAUAUUUAUUUGAUUUGUAAUUCCACAGAUGGAGUUAUGGAGUCUUGCUGUACGAGAUUUUCACCAUAGGUAUUAUCGAAUAGAAGUUUAUAACGAUAUGUUUGGUUUCUUUUUCUUUUUUUUUUGCUGCGUAUUUACAAGGUAUCGCGUUCAGUUAGACAAACGUAAAGAGCUUCCCCAUGCAACCUCAAACUCCAUCAAGUGACACUGGUCGUGUUUCAGCGACGGUCUAUUUUUCGUCACAUUUAUAUUUCGGUGGUCUUAUGAUUCUUCCAGGCGGCUCACCAUACCCACGAAUGGAUGGAAGAAAAAUUGCAAACUUACUUCAGGAUGGAUACAGGAUGCCUAAACCACAACACGUCGAUGAAAAAUUGUAAGUUUUCUUUGUUCACUCGUUCUCCCUCAUCGUAUGAGGAAACAUUCUUUAAAUCUUUAACAGAUCAUUUGAACAUUACCAGGUAUCAGAUCAUGAUGAAAUGCUGGAAGAAUGACCCAGAUGCAAGACCAACUUUCACUGAAUUGAAAAAUCAGCUCAAGGAAAUGGAAACCCUACACAAGGUGAGAAUUUUGAUCAACAUGAAAGUUUUUUUUUCACGAAGGACCGACUGGCUUAGGCUCAGCUAAUUAAGACUAAGCUUAACAGUAUUGAGCCUAGAUAGCGUAGUAAUUUGUACCCAUCUCUGUAAUUUUAACGAAGUUUGGAUCGCAUCUUCUUGUUAUGUCGCUGAAGCAAAGAAGCGAACUAGAACGUCUCAAGGACAAUUGACACGUGGUUAUUUAAAAGAUCAUAGGAUGAGACGCACAAAGAUUAGCAGACGACGAAGCCAUAAAACACUUUCUCCUUGAAUGUUUUGACGUAAAAAAAGCUGACGACUUUUGAGAAUAACCUCUUUUCAAGAGGAACACUUUUUUACUGAUACUGAUUACUAUAUUAUUUUUCUUUGCAGAAGCUGAUCAACAUGACAAUGUACGACAAGCAGUUGUAUGCAAACGUCGAGGAUUUAAUGGUGUAG